GUUAUUGUUUGCACGUGACUCGUUGAAGAAUGUGACACACAUACACACUUCUGUAAAAUUCUCCAAAGAAACAUUUCACUUAUAGCAUUUGACUUUACUCAUUAACAUUUCUCAAUCAUCAGACGUUGAGGAUAGGAAACAUUUGGCAGAAUAAUAAAUAUAAUCGUGUAAGGCUGACAGAUUAACCAGCAUCUCGUGAUGAUGGAGAAGAUUGUUAAAGAUGUUGGUGACAUUCAGUCAAGACUGAUUGAUCACAGGCCGGUCUUGCAGGGAGAAAUAAGAUACUUCAUCAGGGAGUUUGAGGAGAAGCGUGCUUUCAGAGAAUGCCGUCUGCUUGAAAAUCUGAAUAAGAUGACAUCAGACACAAAUGAAUAUGAUCUGCCGCGGUGCACUGAGAGCAUGCAUGAGAAAUUAUCUGACGCUCUCACACGACUUGAAGCAGCGAAUCAUAUGGCACAGAGGAUCCAGCAGAGGGAGCUAGAGGCUGAACAGAACACACAUCUGCAGGUGAGUGCGGAGAGGCGGAAGCAGGACUGGGAGGAAUUCCUGAAGGAGCAGUCUCGGCUGAAGGAGGAGGUGGAUGAGGAGCAUGCUAAAGCUGUGGGCCGACUCAGCGCUCAAUACAACGACAUGAAAAAAGAUCUGGCCAAAUACAGCAGCUUCUGAACCUCGACGAAUGCAUUUUACAUUUUAACAUAUCAGUGAAGUCCAGUUAUUUUCUGUCUAUUCUGUCAUCACAUACACACACACACGUUUGAUUUUAUGCAGACUACAAGUGCACAUUCAAUACAACUGAGCAUGGACAAUGUCAGUGUUUUAAGAAUCUACACACUGUUUAUUUAUUUAUUUUAUGUUUUUACUUUUUUUUUUUUUUACAAUGACAUAACUGUGUCUGCUAAGCUUGAAUGUUCAGAUGUUCAGGAUGGAUUUCUUUUGAGCUUAAGUAUUCCUCUGUGGCCUUGUUGAUUUUACAGAGGAGCUGAAGGUUUAUCAAAUAUUAUAUUUACUUAUAUUUAAUGCAUUAGUAAGUACAAAGAGUUCAAGCCUGUAACAUUUAAUUAUGAGUCUUUCGAUGUGUGUGUAAAAACAUCCAUCAUGGCACACAUGUGCCUCUCACAUCUAAUCAUAGUCAUUUCCACAUCAGUUAAAUAUUGUAAAUACCCUCUCAUAUUUUCCUACAUGUGUUUGUACUGUCUCUUGCAUUAAGCUCAUCUGAAUGUGUUUUAAUGCAGUCUGUGCACCUGCUUUAGAUCUUGGCCAGAAAUCUGUCCUUUCUCCUCACAUCUACCUGUGUUUUCCGAAAACAGUAAAAAGUCAGCACAUUCAGUGAAUCUGAGCUGCCUUUGACACGGGUGGAGCGAUUGGACUGUCAAUUCUUCACAUGUAUGUCCCAAGCAUUCACACACAGCUAAUGUUGCCACAAAAUCUGUUUACCAUUAGUCAAGGUAUUUCUCUGUGUGGAUGCAUCAGUGGAAGAUAUUAUUUCAGAUUUCUUUGAGAUGCUGCUGGUCAUGGUGUGGCUUUUCCAGCUUCUUUCAUGUUAACCAAAAUAACAUUUAGUUUGCUUCCAGUCUAGUUUGCUAAAAACUUUCAAUAGACAGGCAAAACAUUCGUCCAAUCUCUAAUGAUUUUACUACUGCUGUCAUGUGUCUAGUAAAUGCUUUGACCAAAUAUCAAAUGCUGUGUGAUAGACCACUUAAAUAGCUAUUUUACGAGGUGGAAAUAUUAAAUUGACAAAAGACUUUGUCUUUGAGCAUGAUGAUUCACACAUAACCUCACCACUAAACAUAACUGUCACUCACUGGGUCAUAAGCAGAUCUCACUAAAAUGUAUGAAAUAGCCACCAGUUCAUUACACUUAGUUAUUUAGCAGAUGCUUUUCUCCAAAGAUUUACAAAUGAGGACAAUGUAAGUGCUGUGACAAGUCUUGGUUAGUACAGUACAUGUAGUACACGUAGCAAGUUUUAAAUAUAUACAGGUGCAU